AUGGACCUCAAUCCAUCCCCUGAAAGAUCUCCCCCUGAUCAACAUCACCAUCAUCUCCACCAAGCGCGCGACUUGUCCCGCUCACCAACGUCUCCUAUGUCCACGGCUACUAUGGUCAUUGCUCAGGCCCAGGUACACCACCACCACCAACAACAACAACAACAGCAGCAGCAGCAGCAACAGCAACAACAUAACGUCGGCGGCGGGCCUGGGGUGGGCGUUAAUAAACGCUAUAGGCCAGCGCCGGCGAAGACAUUUCAAUGUCGGGGGUAUGGAGAUUGUCGGAUGGUCUUUUCGAGGAGUGAGCAUCUUGCUCGGCACAUUAGGUUCGUUCCCUCGUUGUGUAAUGUGUGUUGUGACAGCAGACUCAAAAAGCCGUCACGCAGAAAACACACAGGCGAACGUCCAUUCUCAUGCCACUGCGGUAAACAGUUCUCGCGCCUCGAUAAUCUGCGCCAACAUGCUCAGACGGUCCAUGCGGACAAGCAAGAGCAGAACGAGCGCAUGAUGCGCGAUUUAACGUCAUUGCAUGCUACGAUGGCUGCUGCUAACAAGGCUGGGAACAUGCGUGCUGGCAGUGCCGGUGGCCGACGAACGACAGCGAACAAUAACACCAAUGACUCACAGCUGUCUCCGUCCUCGCCGAAUGGCGACGAGGACGGGCUGAAUUUGAUCAAGCAGGAGGACUUGGGUGGGAUUCCGAUGCAUACCCGGCCUGGGACUACGACUGGGUACGAAGGCGAUCAUGGCGGUUCGAUGAUGUAUCAUCAUCAUCAGCAUCAUCAGCAGCACCAACGGAGCUCAUGGCACGUCGACAUGGUCCAAAACGAUAUGGUACAUACAGAUAUGGACCACCACCACCAGCACCACCACCGAGCCAGUCCCAGAGGGACAAACCAUUCCUUUCGUGACCCCAGCCAGUCCUUUCUUGCCCCAUCUCAACCCCAAUCAUCAUCCAGCCAUUCCUUUCUCGCCUACCCAAGCAGCACCACCACCACCUCAAGGCCCCCCACUUCGUCUGGUCUUGCCUCCUCAGAUCCCUCACGGUCCCUCCCACCACUCAGUGCAGUCGUCUCCGCUUCACUCACCCCACCACCACCUUCCAAUUCCCAGCUCCAGCAGCAGCAUUUCGCCGUCCCUCAACAACCACAACACCUACUUUCCUUUCACACACGACGACCGGGCACAGCUCCCUCUUCACACAAUGGGGGAAUGGGGCUACCAAACCCAAACUUAUCAUCAUCGGGCGCGUAUGGUGGACGAGGAAACAACAACAACGCGAACGCCUUCCCCGUCGUUGUCGAGUUGGGCGUCGGGGGACAACAACAACAACAAUACGAUGACCCAUCAUCUUCAUCACCGUCUUCGACAGGAGGACAUGAUGCAUCCCCUUUUUACUUCCACCCACCCUCCUCCUCCGACGUCAGCGGCAACCCACGCAAACGAGCCUUUGGCGGACCGGACGGGCCUUCUUCUUCCCUCACCUCAGGAUUGCCAGGAGGAGGGGGAGGGGCAGGGGGGGCGGAGUAUGAGUAUGGAACGGAAUCAAGGCCUCAGAGUCGCCGGCUCUCCGUUAUGGAGCUCUGCAAUGAUAAUGGAGGAGCAGAGUUAUUAUUAUCAGCUGCAUCGCAGCGGCUUUCUUCAGCCUCUUCCCCGUUCACCUUUGCCUCAGGGGGAGGGGGGAACUCGAGACCGACGACGUCUAGUGGGCUUGGACUCGUCACUUCUGCAGGGGCACUCCAUCUCUCUGACGGGGAUAGGAGUGCAUCAGGGUCACCACGUGCAGCAUCAGAAUCAGAGCGAGCUACACCUGCAUUAUUCGCAGGAGCUAGGUAUGCAGCAGCUAAGGCAGGCUGUGGGGAUGGGGUUGGGUCACCCCAACAACAGCAACGGGGUGGGACUGGGUCACCACAGCAACGGAGUGGGGGUGGAGCCGAGGACUUCACAACGGGAGGGGCAGGAGGAGGGAGCGUACUUCCGCUACACCACCACCACCACCACCAGCACGGGCACAGACAACGGAUACCUUCCACCGUAUUAUCCCAAUCCCAACAAUCCCAUGGUGGAGGCUACCUCGCCCACCAAGGGAGCGGAGGAUCACCUACAUUAUCGACACCUACAUCCUCACCGUCACCUACCAGUUCUACGUACAGCUCUAUCGAUAUCCGAGGAGGAGGAACAGAUGUUUUUGGGCUCGGGCUCGGGUAUGGGUUUGGUGGCGUUCCACCUGCGUCAGCCACAUCAACAACAUCAGAUGGGGGGGAAUACGAGUUUCGAGGAUACCCACAGCACCACCAGCAACAGCAGCAGCACGAAUACGAGUAUGUUGAACGCCAGUUUACGGGGCGUGGGGGUGGGGAAUUCGGGUUUGGGGGAACACGAGGGGGAGGGUACGGGUAUGAACGGCACGGCUUUACAUCAACCUCGACUGAAUACGAAUACGAGUAUGGAGGAUUCGAGUUUGAUGGGCAAGUUCGAGCGGGAACGACUAGGGCGGGAGGAGGGGGAGGUUUUGGGAUGAGGGUUUGA